AUGUAUUUAUGCAGGCCCCCAUUUUUGGAAUCUGUCAUGAUUCCAUUUGCAAUUGAGUUCCUCUCACUAAUAUGUCUAACAACAUGUUCAGAUAACAAUUGUAAUUUGUGCCAGAACGUUCUGGAAAAAUUUCGUAUUACUUUUUACGAAGUUGACAGUGAGCGAAGCCUCGGUGGUGGCAAUACCGACUGGGAAGAGAAGUACAUUGGUCAGUAUGCUUUCAGCGAUCUUCACCUCCUUGAAUCUAUCGAACAAACGUCCAAAUUACUGACAGAAAAGGAAGCUCAAUUUUUCACGGACAUCGAAGGCUUUGUCGAAGUGUUCUGGUCAGAUAAAUUGAGAACAGGUCAGUCCAAUGUGAAUGACAUCACUCGUGCCCUCUGUAUCGAGACAUUGAAGUUCUGCUGUCCGUGGAAUAAGUUUGGAGCUGAUUGCAGUGACUGUGGUCCAUGUUUUGUUGAAAACGGUUACUGUGAUGGAAAUGGUACUCGAUCUGGCACAGGAGUGUGUCAAUGCAAACAGGGGUAUGCUGGAAAAUCAUGCGGCCAAUGUGAUCAUUUAACCCACUUCCAAUCUGACUCUAUCGAUGGUAUUGUUCAAUGCACUCCAUGUCAUCCUGCCUGUGCCGGAGGUUGCUCGGAUGUGACUCCAUCCUCUUGCGUUUCCUGUAGUAAAGGUUAUCAAGCCGUCAAAACAGACGAUGGAAUUAUUUGCGCCGACGUUGAUGAAUGUUCAAAUGGUAGUUCCCCUUGUAAGUGGGGUACUUAUUGCGUUAACGAUGAAGGCUCAUAUUACUGUCUUCCGUGUCCUGAUGGAUGUUCUUUGUGCACGAACACAUCAAUGUGCCAAUCAUGUUUUCCUGGUUACACACUACAAAGCGGUAAAUGCAUAGAUAUUGACGAGUGCUCGACACCAGGAAUAUGUUCAGGACCGCAUAAACGGUGCGUUAACAAACCAGGAUCUUAUGUUUGUUUGUGCGAAGGUGGAUAUCGCCUAAAACAGGACAUGUGUAUUCCAGUUGUAUCCCCAAGAAGGGGGGUCAGCCAACCAUCACACAAUAAAUCAGACCACCUCUGGGCGAAACGUCUGCUCAUUGAGUUUGCUAAACUUGUUUUUAUUUUACUCCUGUUUGGGAUUCUUCUCUAUCUCACAUCACAACAAACUUUCCUCUGUAUUUCUCUGGCUGUUGCAGCUGUUGGAUUUGUCUACCAUGAGGUUAAUAUGCUGGACGCCAUACUUCAGGAAGUGUAA